AUAUCAACAGCAGCCAAAGCGAGUGACAGUGACAGGAAGUGGACACUGACUGUUGACACAUCACAGAGGCCAGAGGCAUAAAAAUCUUCUAAACGGAUCCACCCACCCAUCCACAACACUCCACGCCCAACUCAUCGAUCGUACAACAAAUUGUCGUGGGAGGAUAGGAGAUCUGCAACAACAACAACCAAUAAAUCAAAAUAUAAUAAUCAAAGAAGGAGAAGGUCGUCGAUGUAUGAUGCAGGAUUUCUUCAGUUGUUGCGAUCCUCACAACUGUUGAAUUGGGUGGGUGCGACCAAACCACGAAAGCGUUGGAGUUAUCUAGAAUCUAAUAAACUCUCGGCUGGGACUCGAUAGGACUUCAUCUUCAUACAUCUGUACAGAACAAGAAGGUGAAUGAGAGUUAGUGCGCCGUCCUCCUCGGUAAGGAGCCCUUGCUGUUCUUACUACCUUCCCGACCCCACGGUUUCUGCACUCGAGUCCACCCUCUACACCAAAAUGGGUGUGGAGGGCGACAAUGGACGUUGUGGGUUGUGCAUAAGAAUUACAAAAUGGCUACCCGUGGUUUUCAUCUUGGCCGUGAUCGCAUGGAGUUAUUUUGCUUUCGUUGUUCAACUUUGCCUGUACACCAUGGAAGAGGUGUGGCUCAAGGUGUUAUCCCUCAUUAUUUACCACAUUUCGCUCACUUUGUUCCUGUGGGCGUACUUUCAAACCAUUUUCACAACGUCGAAUCGUGUUCCACGCAAAUUCAAAAUUCCCCAGAAUUUAAUGGAGAGAAUAGAGUCUGCGACGAAUGACACUGAGAUUUCAGAGAUUUUGGAUAAUCUUGUGCGUACCCAGCAACUUCCGGUACAAACGAGAACGAAUAUAAGUCAAAUCAGAUUUUGUGAGAAAUGUCAAAUUAUUAAGCCAGACAGAACACACCAUUGUUCUGUAUGCGGUCACUGUAUCUUGAAAAUGGAUCACCAUUGUCCCUGGGUCAACAAUUGCGUGUGCUUUGAUAACUACAAGUUUUUUAUCUUAUUCCUGGCCUAUGCAUUUCUCUACUGCCUCGUAGUGUUUAGUAUCUCAUGUCGAUACUUUAUCCAGUUUUGGAGAGGAGAUUUAACAACGCACGGGUCUGUCGACGGCAAAUUUCAUGUCCUUUUUGUCUUCUUUGUAGCUGCCAUGUUUGCCGUGAGUUUGGUCUCGUUAUUAGGCUAUCACUGCUAUCUUGUGACCAAAAAUAGAAGCACAUUAGAGUCGUUCCGUGGCCCAAUAUUUCGACACGGUCCGGACAAGAAAGGAUUUCAUUUGGGGACAUACAACAACUUUAUCGAAGUGUUUGGUGAUGAUAAGAAAAAGUGGUUCCUUCCCGUCUUUUCUAGUCUUGGAGAUGGAAUUUCAUACCCAACAAGGCACUCGUGGAACAACUUUAACGGCAAUGGGAACUACAAUUCCAUCGAUACUGCGGAUUCCACUCCAGUCUCUGGGAAUUCUCCGGAUCAUUGUGUCGAAGUUAAAGUUGAAGCCAGGCGAGAACCAACACCAAAGUUUAAUAACAAUGGGAAUGGGUCGUCGGAUGGGCCAAAUGGGAGCAAUGGGACGCCUCUGGUUUACUUUUAAAUACGAUUUUUCAUACAGAUCUCGGGACUCAUUCGACUUGAUAGGAUUGAUUUCUAAAUAAGAUUUAAAAAUCACCUUGGACGAGGAGAGAACCAUCGCAGCAAAUAAAUCAGUAGUAGGUCUCCCCAAUAAUUUCAAUAAAAUGUGUAAUAAUUAUUUAUAUUCUCGAAACUUGUGACCCUCAAUUUGACAAGAGCCCUUUGAUUUGUAUUUACCUUUUUUGUUAGCCAUUAAUCUCACCGCUCUCUUUCUGUCCAUUUAUUUCGUACCGCACGUGUUGGAUGACUCAGAAAGUACUACCAAAAAAGACCUUGUAUAAUUUUGUAUUACUUCGAACCAAUGCGCAUGUUGUGAUGUUACCUUAAAAACUCUUACAAACUCUACCAACUACUAGCGAUAAUAAUGUUUGAUGAAUCUAGGACACCAUAAUAGCGUAGAUUUAUUGUUUUAGAUUGUGCAAUUAUUAAUAAUUUUCUAUCAGAUUUUACAGAUUUGUUAGGUUCCGUUAUUAUUAUUAUUAUUAUCGUAUGUUAUUCCGUUCAGUCAACUCUUGUGUACUUUAUCAUGUGAUUGUAUUGCAAGUAAGUGUAAAUUAGUAUAGUCAAAAAUUUAAAAGUGAUUGUUUAGACUGUAAAGUUCACAACAGCAACAUUCUCAUCAUAUAAUCAUAUUGUGACUUUUGACCCCAGUUUCGUCCCUUCCAGUUUUGUACGCAAAAAUUAUACUAACGACAACAUUUAAAUAAUUUACGGUUAUAUUAUAAUACUAUUUCGGUAUGAUGCAAAUCUAAUUAUAAUGGGGCAAGAUUUUAAGAGAUUUUGCACAAGGAAUGAUGAAGACUGCCAUCAAAAUAUGAAACCUAACGCAAAAUCACCUUAUACCAAACCAUCGAGCACCUUGUCUUGUGCUCGAUCAAUAUAUUAUAAUACCUUGUCCAGACAGGAAUAAUUUGAAAAGAUGUGUUACGAAACACUGUUAAUUAUCGUCUUCAUUAUUGUCAAUAUACGAAAUCCAGAACUGGAGUAGUACAAAAAAACUCAAUAAAUUUCUGGCAUUGCAA